UACCCAAAAUUUGAUCUCUGCUUGAAAAUUUUCCCACAAAUCUAAAAUUCAAUCAUCGGAAAGAGGAAAACGAUGGUUUGGUUUCAAUGCGAGGACUGUGGAGAGAAUCUGAAGAAGCCAAAGCUCCCGACUCACUUCAGGAUGUGCAGUGCCACAAAGCUAUCGUGCAUCGACUGUGGAGAAAUGUUUGGGAAAGAUAAUGUACAAGGACAUAACCAGUGCAUUACUGAAGCUGAGAAGUAUGGUCCAAAAGGGCAGUCAAAGUCAUCUAAUGGCACACCUGCAAAGCCAAAGGAUAGCACGAAGCAACAGCCUGACUCUGAUAUAAAUGUUGGCUUAUCCAACCGAUAUCCAUGGUUUUGUAGUAUAUGUUACACAAAAGCUACUAGCCAGCAGACUUUGCUUGCCCAUGCGGAUGGGAAGAAGCACCGAGGAAAAGCAAAAGCCUUCCAUGCUAGACAACAACAACAAUCUGGACAAUCCACGGUUGAUAAGAAGGAUGGAAUCGAAAACGCUUCUAAUGGUGAUUCCGAACUGAAGAAAGUGGAUUUACCUGUCCCCUUGGGUGUUGCAAAUGGAGAUUUGCAUGCUGAUAAAAAGAGAAAGCUAGAGACUUUAGAUGAUACGAGUAAAGGUGAGGUAGUUAAAGCCGAAGAAGCAAAAGGAGGUGAACUAAAGAAAGCGAAGAAACAGGACCAUGAGAAGAAAAUCAAUUGGAAGAAGUUGAUCACAUCGGCUUUGAAGUCUAACGAAGAUAAAACUUUGAAGAUAAAGAAACUGAAAAAGCUCGUUCUGGAAUCUCUUCUGGAUUCAGGAAUAACUCGAGACAAAUCUGAGCUCAAGGCAGAGCUAGAGCUAAAGGUGAACUCGAGCUCCAGAUUCGUGAUAGACGGGAAGUAUGUGAAACUAGUGGCUAAAGAUUGAUUCUACUUCUUGAGACAUGCCUAUUCGACUUGGGGUUACCCGUCACAGUUUUGUCAUGUGAUUCAUUGCUAUUACUGUCUGUACCAAAUGUGGAAUUUCAUUCAAACUAUCGUAUUUUCUUGACUGAUAUGUUAGGCUCCAAAAUCCAGUUUUUGAACGUUAAACCCGAGUAUUUGGUAAAUUAAAUUAUGAAACUGCC